AUGAGUCCCGCUGAACAUCCGAAUCCGACCACGCCCUUCAAAGUCUCAUUUCAGAAGAAGAACUGUAACCCAGCGGAGACCAUCUCUCCGACCCCCAUGCCGCCGUCCUACGCGGCCCUACUUCCUGUGCCGGAGGAGCGUCUCCCGGCCUACGCCGUGGCCGCGGCCGUGCUGUACCUGUCGCUGCGGCCGCUCCUGAACGUGGACCGCCUGCUCGCCAAGCUCUGGCCGUCGCUGCUGCUGCUCUUCGCCUACUACCGCUACCGCGUGGCGCUGUCCGCCUCCUCCUUCUCGGAGGCCCCCACGAGUCUGGCGCUGCAGCUCUGGACGGCGGCGCAGCAGCGCGCGCCCGUGCUCGAGGCGGUCUGGAGCGACACGCUGCUGCUCGCGCUGGCGGGCGCCGCCGUCGCCUUCAUCGCGCAGAGCGCGCGCCGGCUGCGCUUCGUGUCGCGCAAGAACCUGCUCAACGUGGUGGGCGGCGCCGUGGUGGACGCGCUCAAGCAGCUGCCCGUGGUGUCCGCCAAGAUGGCGGACGAGAUGAAGAAGAUCGAGAGCGAGGUGGAGCACUCGCUCAAGGGCAACGACCCGCUGGCCGCCAAGAUGGACAAGCUGCGCGCGCUGCCGGAGAAGGGCAUGGACGACGAGAAGCUGCUGAGCCUCAUGGAGGACCUGGCCGGCAACAGCGACGACAAGUGGAAGGACGGACUAGUCUCUGGAGCCGUCUACCACGGCGAGAAGGAGCACCUGGACGUGCUGAACAAGGCCUACGCGCUGUUCGCAGUGACCAACCCGCUGCACGCCGACCUGUGGCCGGCGGUGAACAAGUUCGAGGCCGAGGUGAUUGCCAUGACCGCCGGACUCAUGAAUGGAGGCCACGAAGAGGUCUGCGGCACCCUCAGUUCCGGCGGUACCGAGAGUAUCUUCCUUGCAACCAAGACGCACCGCGAGUACUACCGCCACAAACACAACAUCACCAAGCCCGAGAUCAUCGCGUGCGUUACGGCGCAUGCGGCUAUCGACAAGGCGUGCGAGAUCUUGGGUAUCAAGCUCAUCAAGGUGCCGAUGGACCCCAAGACGCUCAAGGUGGAUCUGAAUGCCGUGCGCUGGAGCAUCUCGGCCAAUACGAUCAUGCUGUAUAGCAGCGCGCCCAACUUCCCGCACGGUAUGAUUGACGAUAUCGAGGCGCUAUCGAAGCUCGCGGUGCAGAACGACGUCGGACUUCACGUGGACUGCUGCCUGGGAGGAUUCGUGCUGCCCUUUGCACGCAAGCUGCGCUCAGACAUCCCCGUGUUUGACUUUGCGCUACCUGGUGUCACCAGUAUGUCGUGUGAUACGCACAAGUACGGCUACGGCUCCAAGGGCACGUCCGUGGUGCUGUACAAGUACGCGGACAUCCGACGCUUCCAGUACUUUUCGUACCCGGACUGGACCGGUGGUCUCUACGCGACGCCUACUCUUGCAGGCAGCCGUCCUGGAGCGCUGAGCGCUGCAGCGUGGGCUUCAAUGGUGCGUUUGGGGUACGAAGGAUACAUCGAGAAGACGAAGGGCAUUUUGGAGACUGUGGACGAGAUCAAGGCCGGCAUCGAGCGCAUCGACGGUAUCCACCUUUUGGGAGACCCGAAGGCCAUGGUCGUGAGCUUUGCUGGCGACAAGGGCGUGAAUGCUCUCAAGGUUAGCGACGCGAUGGCGAAGCAUGGCUGGAGCCUCAGCCCCCUGCAGCACCCCACGUCUGUGCACUUGUGUGUGACUGUGCGCCACAUUGGCAAGGCGAAGAAGUUCCUGAGUGCACUGGAGGAAGCUGUGAACGAAGUGAAACAAGACCCCAACCCAUCCCCGGAAGGUGGCAGCGCCAUCUACGGCAUGGCCUCCAGUUUGCCGGCUGGGCCAGUGGACGACCUGCUGCGCAUCUACACGGACAUCACCCUGAAGGUGUAAGCGAGCAGAACUUUGAAAUGUUGAGCUGCAAGGUGACUCGUCAAGAACUGAUGCAGCACUGUAUACGUUAAAUAUCAAGAUCACAGGACUCUUGAGCUUUUUC